AAACUUUGCUUACAGCUCAAGCAAGCAAGACACGCUUACGAGUAUUUGAUUUACUUUGUGAUCAGUCACUUCAUUAAACCUGAUUAAAAUGGCAUUCAAAUUUGUUGUUGCUUUUGCCUUGCUCGCCGUAGCCAAUGCUGGUCUUCUCCCAGCUGCCCAAGUCUACCAUGCCGCCCCAGCUGCUCAUGUUUAUCAUUCUGCUCCCGCUGCUGUAGUUAAGACCGUUACUCCUGUUUUGGCCAAGGCUGAUGAUGAAUUUGAUCCUCAUCCCCAAUACAAAUAUGGUUACAAUGUAGAAGAUUCUGUGUCUGGUGAUUCUAAGAGCCAAGUUGAAGAACGUGACGGUGAUGUUGUUCGCGGUGAAUACUCUUUGAUCGAUGCUGAUGGCUUCAAACGUACCGUUCAAUACACAGCUGAUGAUCACAAUGGUUUCAAUGCUGUCGUCCACCGUGAACCUCUUGUAAAGACUGUUGCUCCCGUAGCCCACUAUGCUGCUCCUGCUGCUGUUGUUAAAACUGUAGCUCCAGUAGCUCAUUAUGCUGCUCCUGCUGUUGUUAAAACCGUAGCUCCUGUGGCUCACUAUGCUGCCCCUGCUGCUGUUGUGAAGACCGUAGCUCCCGUGGCCCACUACGCUGCUCCCGCUGUUGUUAAAACUGUAGCUCCCGCUUACACCACCUACUCCGUACCUGCUCAUCACUAAAUUGAAUGCCAUUAUUAAAGAAUCAUUUCUGACUGACAAAGCUUGUUAAUUGUUUUCAAUGUUAUGUUUAAAUGAUGAAAUAAAUAUAAGAUAUUAUUUUAAGAAAA